UACAACCUCCUUAUAAAGGGACUCUCUCUCACGUUGUGGCUUGGAAAUUAGAGCACAUUGCCUAAAAUUGAGGUCUCCACACACACACUCUCACACACGCCGAGUCACCGCGAGCCGCUGCCAUGAACUGCAUGAACGUUGAGGAGAUGCUCCGCAGGGCCGAGACGCCUCUCUUCUGGGUCGGCGCGUUCACUGUGGCCUCCCUGGCGCUGUGGCUGCUCUACAGGCUGCUCUCAGGCUUUAGGAUCUGGGUCUUGGGAAACGGGCAGCUGCUCUCUCCGAAGCUGGGCAAAUGGGCAGUUGUGACGGGAGCCACGGAUGGAAUCGGGAAAUCCUAUGCGGAGGAGCUGGCUCGUCGAGGGUUUGCCAUGAUGUUGAUCAGUCGCUCCCAGGACAAGCUGGAUGACGUGGCCAGGUCACUUGAGGAGCAGUUUAAAGUGGAGACCAAGACCAUUGCAGUUGACUUUGGAAGGGCGGACAUCUACGAAAAGAUCGAGGAAGGGCUGGUCGGUUUGGAGAUUGGUGUUCUCGUCAACAAUGUUGGUGUGUCCUACCCCUACCCUGAGUACUACCUUCAUAUUCCUGAUCUGGACAAUUUCAUCACAAACAUGAUCAACGUCAACAUCACCUCAGUAUGCCAGAUGACCCGCCUGGUGUUGCCCAGAAUGGCUGAGAGUUCCAAAGGUGUCAUCCUGAACAUCUCCUCUGCUAGCGGCAUGUACCCCGUCCCUCUGCUGACAGUCUAUUCUUCCACAAAGGCCUUUGUGGAUUUCUUCUCACGUGGCCUUCAGGAGGAGUACAGGCGUCAGGGCAUCAUCAUUCAGAGCGUGCUGCCCUUCUUCGUGGCCACUAAAAUGACUCGCAUCAGGAAGCCCACACUGGACAAACCCACCCCAGAGCGCUAUGUGGCAGCUGAGCUCACCACUGUGGGUCUGCAGAGCCAGACCAAUGGCUAUUUCCCCCAUGCCGUCAUGGGUUGGGUGACCACCAAACUGGUGCCAAGCAGCCUUGUCAUCUUCUUUGGAGCCAGGAUGAACCGUCUGCAGCGUACUGGAUACCUGCAGAGGAGGAAGCUGCGAGAAGAGAAGAAUGGCAAAAUUUUGAAGAGUGAUUAGGAAAACAGAAGAUGAAUCUGCAGGCAGCCACUCUGCUCUGACCCGGUGCAGUGGUUAAAACAAAGGAGAAACCGUGUUUGUAUCUGUGUGGUUGGUCCUCCAGGAUUGCCGGCGAUUUCACAUUUGUGCUUUCGAUAAAUGUGCACAUCAAAGCAUGUGUAUGACUUUGUAUUUAAAACGGCAAACUCUGCUCUGAUAGGAUUUGUCUGGAGAGGAAUAACCAAAGGCAGGAGGCUGAAAUGGUAAUAAAAUGCUGCUCUUGGUAAAGGACAUUCAUACAUUUUGUCACUGACACUGAUGGUGGAAAUAAUACAACCAAAAAAUGAGUUAUUUGUUAACCCUGCUGUUAUAAGCAGUGGAAAACGGUGGUGGGCAUUUUUUUAAAUAUGCAGUUUAUAUGUGUAUAAUUAUUUAUUUCAUAUUUGUAUGAACACAUGAGCCAAACUCACCUUUCAACCUCCUGUUUACAAAUUACCGAGACCUUUUAAAAAUGUCAGUUUGUGCUUUCUAUCAUGUCAGUUUAUUUGCAUUACUGAACUGCUGUCAUUGUGCAUUGGCUCCUUUUCCCCCUUUUCUAUAAUAUUGUGUGUUUCUGGUAUAUUUAAAAUGAUACUUAGUGGUGGGUUGUUGUUGCAUCAGUAUAUCACUUGUUCUAAACCAAAGUUUGUCACAUGAUUCGCAUUACUGUCACAUUAAACAUAAGUGCCUUCCUUCUGACAUUAAUGCUGGAAAUGGUCAGAUUCAAUGAGCGGGUGUCGACUGGUUAAAAACAUAUCCUGAAAGGAUGUAAUUCAGCUGGUGCCACAUCCAUGUGAACUAUGCAGUUGCUCCAUUUUGUGCCUCUCUUAAUCCAAAUGUAAACGGAUUAAGACAAAGGAAAAUCUUUAUUGCUGCACAUUUACAGAAGUUCUUCCAGUGUGUUUUUCAAAGGAUUUCUCAGGAAGGAUUGUCAUUGUGGAGCAAAUACAAAAUAUGAAAGUUUUACAUCGUUCCCUACAGCGUGGUUCACAUGCUGUCAAAAGUUUGCUUUAAAAACAGGAGGACUGCUCCUCUGUGCACAGUUGGUGAACAGUUGAAUACCCUGCAUGACUUCAUCUGACCUGUGCCUUAACCAGGCGGUUUUGUGAAUGCAUUUCCUUUGUUAGAAUACUUUUAAUGUGUUUGGAAAUUAAAAUUAAAAUUUCUGCUUGUGAAAUGCACUGUUUACAUUCCUGUAGCUAGAAUCAUACCCUGUGUUUUCUACUGUUUGUUAAUAAAAAGCUCUUGCAUACAGGA